AUGUCAAUUUUCAAAAAAAUUUCAUUAUUUCAUCACUCAAAAAAAUCAACUAAACCAUCAUCAUCAGAAUCAUCAUCAGCUACAGAAUCAUCACCAAAAUUAUCAUCAACUGAUAAAAAACACCAUAAAAUUUUCAGAAAAAUAUUCAAAUUAAAUAAAAAAUCAAAAAAAUCAGCUACACCACCACCACCACAACAACAACAUAAUUUAGUUCAAUCAACUGCACAAGAACAAGAAGAAGAAGAAGAAGAAGAAGAACAACAACAACAACAACAACAACAACAACAAUUAAUUGACUCAGCUUCAGAAUUACCAUCAAGUAGAGCAUUAAUAUUAUUUAGACCACAACAACAACAACAACAACAACAACAACAACAACAACAUCAUCAUCAUCAUCAUCAUCAUCAUCAUCAUCAUCAUCAUCAUCAUCAACAAUUAGUAUUGUUCCACCAAAUUCAACCACAAACGACUCAUAAUUUUAGCAUUGAAGUUAUGGAGGUACAUGAGGAUGAAUCUUUAGAUGAAGUUGAUAUUAUUCAUCCAAAUUUGAUAUUUGAUGAACAAGGGCUUAUAAUUGAGAUCAAUCCCGAUAUUAAUGAAUUUGAUUACACAUAUACGUUUGAUGAAGAAAAUUUAACAUAUGUAAGAAGAGAAUUAUCAAUCGAAUCAAUACCAUUUGUNAAUUAA